CGGGUCCCACUUUACAUUAGCAAAUCGAGUCGUGUGCUGAGCUCCUGAACUUGCGAUGCGACUCCAUUUUCGCGGCUCGUUUCGUUCCCACUCACUCGCCGGGCACUCUCUCUCCACGACCACGGCAUGCCACUAAACUGCGCCUCCUCACCCUGCUUAACUUUUGCAGUGAUUCAGAGGAAUUUGAAACUUCGUGCCUCUGUUUUUGUCGCGGCUAGAUCAAUUGGGUCUAAGCGACUCCUUUAUUAUUCAUCAUCAUCAGAGAAACUAAGUGAAUCAAUGGAUACCAAGCCAAGAAUUAGGACACCUGUUGUCAAGGAAUGUGUGGCAAAAGCUAGAAAAGUUGAAACUGAAGUUACCGAGGAUGAUCCGGAUACAAUUGAAAGAAUGACUGUUCAAGAACUCAGAUCAAAAUUAAGGAGUGUUGGGGUCCCCUCAAAAGGUUCUAAACGUGAUCUUGUGUCUGCUUUGAAGGGAUUCCUAAAUAACAAAGUAGACGGUGAGGAUUCUCUGGUGGUAGAAGAUUGGCAAUCCUCUGAAACAAAACCAAUUUGUACUGAAAAAAAUUCAUCAAAAAGGAAGGCUAAGAGUUUGUCUGGCGAAGAGCAUGUUGUGGAGGUGAACAGUGUUUUGGAGGUUUCUGAACUUCAAUGCACUAAAAGAAGAGUAAAACAGGUCCAAGUGGAUGACAGCAUUGAAGAAGUCAAAACUACAGUAGUCACAACAAAGCAGAAGCUGUCUAUCAAAACUGAUGAAGUUUCAGGUAAGAAACCCACACAGUUAAAGAGGAAAGCACCAGCAGAAAUUGCUUCUAGGCUUGUGGAAGCUUCUGGUGAGGCUAAUCUUUCUGUAAACCAAAAUGAACCUUGGACGAUUCUUGCCCACAAGAAGCCACAAAAAGGGUGGGUUGCAUACAAUCCCAAGACUAUGAGGACGACUCCUCUUACUGGUGAUACAAAAUUUAUGAAGUUAUUGUCAUGGAAUGUCAAUGGGUUGAGAGCUUUACUGAAGCUGAAGGACUUCUCUGCUCUGCAACUUGCUCAAAGAGAAGAUUUUGAUGUGUUGUGUUUGCAAGAGACCAAACUACAGGAGAAGGAUGUUGAGGCAAUCAAACAAAGUCUCCUAGAUGGCUAUGAGAAUAGCUUUUGGACAUGUAGUGCAACCAAACUUGGAUAUUCUGGUACCGCAAUUAUCUCACGGAUAAAGCCACUUUCCGUCAGAUAUGGCCUAGGCAUAUCAGAUCACGAUAGUGAAGGACGGCUUGUGACUGUGGAGUUUGACACAUAUUAUUUGAUAGGUGCAUAUGUCCCUAAUUCUGGAGAUGGUCUAAAACGACUGUCAUACAGGGUUACAGAAUGGGAUCCAUCUCUCAGCAAUUACAUGAAAGAGUUAGAAAAGUCCAAGCCUGUCAUUCUGACUGGUGAUCUGAACUGUGCUCAUGAGGAGAUAGAUAUUUAUGACCCUGCUGUAAACAAAAGAAGUGCUGGUUUUACAAAUGAAGAAAGACAAUCAUUCAAGGAAAAUUUCUUAUCUAAAGGUUUUGUGGAUACCUUUAGAGAGCAGCAUCCUGGUGUUGUUGGCUAUACGUACUGGGGUUACAGGCAUGGUGGACGCAAAAACAAUAGAGGAUGGCGGCUUGACUACUUCCUUGUCUCAAGAUCCAUAGCAGACAAUGUUCAUGACUCUUACAUUCUUCCAGAUGUUACUGGCAGUGAUCAUAGUCCUAUUGGCCUUGUUCUCAAGAUCUAACUUUUGCAACAUUAUUAGGGUUAUCCUCUUGAGGAAGGAAAUUUUUUUGAUGGAGGUGGAGGCAGAAUCCUAAUGAAGUCCAUUUGCAGGUGUUGAUCGAGUUACCAGGCACAUACUAGCAGAAUUCUGAUUUAGUUAGCUGUGUUGGUCUUAGUUUUUGCCGAAGUAAUAUCAUCAGAAGACGAGGACCUUGCAAUUGGAAAUCUAGGUGCCGGCAGAAAUUAUGAUGAUGCAUUUUGAAAUUCAGAAUUGCGUUAGAAUGUUGCAUAGUGGGUUUAUUCUGAUCUUGAUGAUGCACUGUUGCUACUACUUAUGAACAGGCUAAUCGCAUUUUGGACACUUAGGUUUUUUGCAGAAAGCUCCUGUGUGGUAUCAUCCUACACUGUAAGUCCUGUACAAACUGUUUUGAUCUCCCAGGAAUUCACUCUAUUUUGGGCUGUAAUGGUAUUGAUGCAUGCAUGAAGCAUUUAGUGAAUAGAUUUUCUAUGUUGUGAACGCA